GCCGUCCCCGCCGGCCCCCGCCCCGGUCCAGCGCCCGGCGCCCCUGUCUCGCACCCGAUGGUGAGCAGUGUGUUGUGCCGCUGCGUGGCCUCCCCGCCGCCGGACGCCGCCGCCGCCGCCUCGUCGCCCGCCUCGUCGCCGGCGUCCGUGGGGGACCCGUGCGGCGGCGCCGUCUGCGGGGGCCCGGACCACCGGCUGCGCCUUUGGAGCCUCUUCCAGACGCUCGACGUCAACCGCGACGGCGGCUUGUGUGUCAACGACCUGGCCGUGGGGCUGCGGCGCCUGGGACUGCACCGCACGGAGGUCGAGCUCCGGAAAAUUGUGCAAGCUGGUGACAAGGACCUCGAUGGGCAACUGGACUUUGAGGAAUUUGUCCAUUACCUCCAAGACCACGAGAAGAAGCUGAGGCUGGUGUUUAAGAGUCUGGACAAAAAGAACGAUGGGCGGAUCGACGCGCAGGAGAUCAUGCAGUCCCUGCGGGACCUGGGAGUCAAGAUCUCCGAGCAGCAGGCAGAAAAAAUUCUCAAGAGCAUGGAUAAAAAUGGCACGAUGACCAUUGACUGGAACGAGUGGAGGGACUACCACCUCCUACACCCCGUCGAAAACAUCCCCGAGAUCAUCCUGUACUGGAAGCAUUCCACGAUCUUCGAUGUGGGUGAGAAUCUGACGGUCCCUGAUGAGUUCACAGUGGAGGAGAGGCUGACAGGGAUGUGGUGGAGACACCUGGUGGCCGGAGGCGGGGCGGGGGCUGUUUCAAGGACCUGCACAGCCCCCCUGGACAGGCUCAAGGUGCUCAUGCAGGUCCACGCCUCCCGGAGCAACAACAUGUGCAUUGUGGGUGGAUUCACUCAGAUGAUCCGAGAGGGAGGGGCCAAGUCUCUCUGGCGGGGCAACGGCAUCAACGUCCUCAAAAUCGCCCCUGAGUCGGCCAUCAAGUUCAUGGCCUACGAGCAGAUCAAGCGUCUCGUCGGAAGUGACCAGGAGACGCUGCGGAUCCACGAGAGGCUUGUGGCAGGCUCCUUGGCUGGGGCUAUCGCCCAGAGCAGCAUCUACCCAAUGGAGGUUCUGAAGACGCGGAUGGCCCUGAGGAAAACGGGCCAGUACUCGGGCAUGCUGGACUGCGCACGGCGAAUCCUGGCCAAGGAGGGGGUGGCUGCCUUCUACAAGGGCUACAUCCCCAACAUGCUGGGGAUCAUCCCCUACGCCGGCAUCGACCUGGCCGUCUACGAGACCCUCAAGAACACCUGGCUGCAGCGGUACGCGGUGAACAGCGCGGACCCCGGCGUCUUCGUGCUCCUGGCCUGCGGCACCAUCUCCAGCACCUGUGGCCAGCUGGCCAGCUACCCCCUGGCCCUGGUCAGGACCCGGAUGCAGGCGCAAGCCUCCAUCGAGGGCGCGCCUGAGGUGACCAUGAGCAGCCUCUUCAAACAGAUCCUGAGGACCGAGGGGGCCUUUGGGCUGUACCGGGGGCUGGCCCCCAACUUCAUGAAGGUGAUCCCAGCUGUGAGCAUCAGCUACGUGGUGUAUGAGAACCUGAAGAUUACCCUGGGCGUUCAGUCUCGGUGACGGGAGGGCGGCCACCGAUCCCGGGCCGCGGCCCGGGGUGUGCAGUCAUCUCAUUCUGUGAAUGUGCCAACACUACGCUGACUCAAGCCAAGCUGUGAAACCCGGGACGCGGCGAGGGAGGGGCGGGAGGGGCUGGCGGGCCCCGGGGCCGUCCUGCUGACCCAGCAGACCCUCAUGUCCACCCGCAGGAAGACUGGGGGGGCGUUCCUCAGGGUCAGCAAGGCCCAGGCUUCUGUGCCGGGGGGACAGGACAUUCCCUGCAGUGCCUGCCAGAUAGCAAGCUUGAGGCCGGCUUAGUUUUCACCUUGUCCUUCUCCCCAGACCUCGGCUGCGCCUGCCCUCUGGCCUGCUGAGCAUCCCUGUGCCCAUUCUGUGCCCUCCUCUGAUGUGCUGUAGGACGAGGGUGACCGUCAUGACACCCUGUCUUGUCCCUGUCCUCUCCCAGUCUGCUUCCUGAGCUGCAGCAUCUGUCCUGACCUGUGCUACGGGAGGCCGGAGGGGUCUGCUUAUGCACUCGCCUCUUUGGAGACCUGUGCUGGCCUUCGUGCUCGCCAGUUCGGGCACCGGGACGCGUGUGUGUGUGUGUGCACUCAGGCAGGGCCGCUCACUGCCCGGGGUGGUGCAUGGCUUUGGAGAAGGCUAGUGCUGGGGCCUGGCCCCCCCCAGAUGCCCUCGGCUGCCUGCUUGGGCCUCACGUCCCCAGAGCUGACCCCAGAUUCUGCAGGACCGGCACCAGCUCAGAGCUCGCUCGGCAUCACGCCCUGGGGCUUGAGGUGGCCGGGUCGUGCGUUUGGGAAGAAAAGGCAAAAGUGCUGCCCUUUCUGUCCCAGUGAGAGAGUCGGUGCUGAAGGCCUUCAUUAUGUCUUGUUAAGAAAAGGAUUUGGUUCCGAAAGACAACUAGACCGAACGUGCAAGUUCUGUGCUUCUAGAAAAGUCAGAAGGAGUAGGUAGUUUGGCUGACUGUGCUAGACUUGUCUCUGACACCCCUGGAGUGUAUAUGUAUGUCCAGUCCCGAUGGAGGGGGGACCAGCCUCACAUUCCACCAAUGCGACAUCACACCGCUUGGAGCAUAUUUAUUUUGUAUUUAUUUGAACAGAGUUAUGUCCUAACUAUUUUUAUAGACUUGUUUAAUUAAUAGCCUGUCAUUUUCGAGUUCAUUUUUUUUUUUACUCAUAUUUAUGUUCAUGGUUGAUUGUGCCUUCCCAUCACCGCCUGGUAGGGGUGAUGGGGAGGACAGGUCUGAAGUGACCCUUCCUGCUGUCCACACCCAAAGAAACUCCUCUGGGGACUGAUGGUAGAAGAAAAGGCAAAGGGGAAGGGACGCUUCUCCAUGGAGAACAUGUCCCCUGGGCAGGUGGGAUUGAGGUCUGGGGUCCUCGGGUGACGAGGAUGGCCAACCAGAGAAUCUCCAGAGCCCAAGUCCUUCCCUGGACUGGCAGGGAGGGGGGGUCUUUUCUCACCCUUUUUGAAUGACAAAGCAGUGAGGUGCUUCUCACUAUGAACUGUGAGGGGCAAGGAAGGGGCACCCCCCCAUCCCAUCUGUGAAAUGGGCUCCCCCUUCCAGCCCUCAGCUACCCCGUUAGUAAUGCCGAUCAGCUGGCCAGUGACAGUUGUACCUCCAUUUCCCCCAGAAUCGCCUAAUGGGGAUACUUUAAAUAGGAUGCAAAGAUCAAUGCAAAAAUUAUUGUUUAUAUAUAAAUACAUAUAGUUCUAACUGGAAUUUGUCAAAGCAAAUUAAGAAGGAUGUGGAAGUUGUCGUUUCAGCCUUCUAAUAAAGGACUUCAAAGAUGUUGACA